AUGGCUUCCAACGCUGUAAUCGAGCGAAGGAAUAAACAGAUACAGGAUGCUAUAGACGGACAGAACCUGAAACAGGCAUUGCAGCUGUGUGAAAAGCGGCUGAAAAAAGGCGAGGAUUCGUCCUUUUUGAGGGCCUGGAAAGCAAAUAUCCUCUUCAGUCAUGCCGACGAGGCGCAUCGCCAGCGUGGGGUCGCGGAAACUCUGCAGCUAUGUAGCGCCUCCCCGCCUGUCUCCGACCUCGAGGCCCUGAAUAUACUACACAACACAUUGAAUGAGAUAGGAGGGCAUGAGGAAACGGCCAGAGCCUUGUGGCAGAAUGCUGCUAAAGCCAACCCUCAAGACCUGGAGAUCCAAUUGAGAAGAGAAACCUCAAAGGCUGACUCAAUUCCCAUCAAGGCGGCUAUGAGCCUACAAAACAAUUUUCCCAAAGCUAGAAAUUACUACUUUUGGGCCAUUUUCAUGUGUUACUUGAUUGAACGCGAUACAGCAAGUUCAGACAACGACCGGAAGUUAUUUGGUACUCUUGCAUAUCGAAUGAUAUCCAGAGCCGCAGGGAGCGUACCAACGGACCCGAAAGAGUUGUUGAGCAUUCCGCGAGCAAUUCAGACUGCGGAGGAGCUUUACCUGUUAAUCAAGAUAUACGAAAGCCAAUCUCGUCACAAGGAGCUUGUUGAAAUACUCAACAGCGAACAUCUGGGAGUCAGCUCUCGCAUCGCCCAAAAUGAAUGGCUCUUUUUCACAAACAAGCUAUCAGCUGUUGAGAAAAGCGGCCUAUGGGUUGAAGCCUUGAAGUUUACGAAAGAAUUACUGACGCUUGAUGACAGCGUGACGGCGGAGUCGAAGCCAGAUCCCAAAUAUGAGGAGAGGGAUGAUUGGAAAGUAUGGAACCUUCUCCUACUUGCCACGAGGAAGGCAGAGAAGCAAGCUGCCUUCCAAGACACGGCGGAAGUCAUCUCAAAUUACCUAGCAAAACGCCCAGCUUCCAGGAAUGCACAGCUAGCCCAACUCGAAUUGAAACUGCAGGGAAUUGAAUUCGAUAAAUCUACUCCUGAGGGAGUGCUCUCUGGUUGUAUUGAAUAUUUUAGGCGUAACCAACGGAAGAUAUACUGUUUCAAUGACCUGCAAAGAUACCUCACCGGUCUAGAUACACGCCUCUAUUCAAAGUUUGAGGAUGAAGUGUCCAAAAUUGUAGAGGAAACUAAAAAGUCUAGUGCAAUUCCCCAAAUCAAUGCGUACAAGCUGGAGUAUUCAUUCCAGUUAAACUUCGAGAAUACUAAGGAUGCCAUUAUUAAGACUGAAAGCUUUGUCUGUCGCUGCUUACGUGAUUUCAAAGACGCUGGGAGAGCCGAUGCUGGUGAUACGCCUUCAACUAUUGAAGCGGAGCCGACAGAUGAUCUCUGCCUGCUAGCUGCAAUGGCUUUAAUACGCCUGCAUGAUGCUAUAGCUGGGUCUACCACUAAUUGCAUCCUAGUCCAAGCGGCCGGUAUACUUGAACAUCUUCUGCUUAAAUCGCCGCACAACUAUGAAGCUCUUUUAUUGCUUGUACGAAUAUAUCUGCUUCUUGGUGCUGGAUCACUUGCUCUAAAGAAAUUUUCCAAGCUAUCUGUCAAGCAAAUACAGUACGAGACAGUCGCCCAUAACUUAUUUACUCGACUUGCAACUAUUCAUCCCCAAAGCGCGCCCCCAUCGUUAGACCUCGACAGAAAGGAUUAUGAUCCACAGGCAGGGCUCAGGCAGGCAUUGUUAUUUUACCGAAAUGCAGAGAGUGCAACAACAUAUGCUCUGUCUACAGGCUUAGACAAUGGCAGCUACAUCAAUGUGGAAGGCAGUAUUGAGCUCCGGAAUGAUUUAAAGAAUAGCUUAUGUAGGAAAAUGUGGGCUUUGGAAGCAAGACGCCUCCAUCGAAUUGUCGGUGGUCCAUCUAUAAGCCAGUAUGACAAGAUUGGUACGUCAUUCGUUUUUCCAAAUAACAUUAUACAUAUGCUAACUAUCCGGAUGGUAGUUCUCAAUAAAAGCCCUCUUUCUGACAAGCGCAACUUUGAGGGAUUCAUGAACUGUGAGCCUCGUGGAAAGCCAGCCUUCGAAGAGUACGUGAGAGUAGGGCCAUUCCAAAAGACUCAUGCAGUCAAUGCACUAGCUGUCUCAGAUGCUCUAUUUAACUUCUUGACUAUGGCUUCGCCGAAUGCAUCAAAGCCAAAGCUUUCUCCAUACCUUGGUUUUGACAUUAAUUCCGCAAAAAACGAACUCACAUCUGCUGAAAAGAUGAACAUACAGGUUCACCAUCUUCUACUAAGAUGUCUAGCUGCGUUUACAGGGGAAACAUCAUCUGAUGCUGCCACUGUCGACAACACCCUAUCAAAAGUGGAUGCCUACCUGGAAGAGAGGCUGAAAGUCCUGGUAACUCCGGACUCUAAGACCAAUGGGACAAUAGACUUGACUCCUAAUUCCAACCGCGCAUCCCCUGCUCCUUCGUGGAUUUUCCUACACGAAGCCAUUUUGCUACUUGAGACAUUAAAGGCCAUAUUACUAUUUAUCUCAUUUAUAAGCAAGAACAAACCCUACACUUCAGGGGAUGGCAAAGCCAAGAUCAGUGCUCUCAAGGAUCGCGUGAAGGCAGUUGCAGAUGAGGUCAGAGUCCAAUGUCAAGGAUUGAAGGCACGGAUUUCCAGCUCUGGAAUGCUUGGCCAUCUAGUUGAUAUCGUACACAUGAGACCAGGCGGUCUGACAGGUGCUGAAAAUCAUGAAAGUAUCCGGACACUUGAUGCUGAGAUUGAAGGCCUCAUGGAUUCUGCCUCUCUGGAGUUAUUCUGUGGCUCAUUGAUGGAGAGCUGGGAAGAUGCUCUUGACGGCGUUAUUUCUAUUUGUUCAACAGUCCGAUGA